UCGAAGCGAUGGGUAAGUGCGUGUGUACAUGCCCGUAAAGGAAGCAAGUAGGAGGCAAGGAAAGGCGCGGGUAAUGUUGAACAUCGAUGGAGCUCGUGUAUGUUGGUCAACAAGCAUGAAGGGUUUCAGUAAGUGUUGAAAUGUUUGACGUUUACCGGCUGCACGGAGUUGAUAUGUGUUGAUGUGCCAUGGCUCCGCAAUGGUUUCACCUCUGUGCGCUUGUGUUCUGUCCUCCUCACGGUAUCCGGAUGGGAAAUAUUUGCAGAAAAGUGGCACACUGGCCUCGAAAUUAAUUCCAGAAUUCUCCAACAUCGGCAAAGUAUUAUAAAGAUAUGGAUAAACACUGCAGUGUGAAGGAUGAAGCCACGUCAAAGGCAGCAAAGCGCAAGGAAAACAAACAGAAACAUGGACGGCUUUUUCGAAAGAAAUCAUUGAAGUCGGUGGGGAGUUUUGUAAAUAAAAUAAUCAAAACUUUGGGCACUUUUACCCACUUUGGAGACGUUGCAGUUCAGGGCGCAGAGGAUGACGAUGGGGGGUUUCGUGACGGGACACCUUGCACACUCAGUGCCAACUCAGGACAUAUCAAAGAGGAUGUCGCCGGGGAUGAUUCUGUUAAAAAUAAUGCGAUAGCUUCUUCCCGUUGCUCGGUGAAAGAAAGGGUUUUAUGGUGCUAUGGUGGCAACAUUCCAGGCGUUGUAGGCUUGAAAAAUCAUGGGAACACCUGUUUCAUGAACGCCGUGGUCCAGUGCUUGAGCAACACUGACCUGCUCGCAGAGUAUCUCGGGUUGGAACGGUAUAAAUUGGAUUUUAGUCGAAGGAGAAUUAAUGGGAUUGUUAAAAGUGAAGACACGCAGCAUGCCAGAGGUGAAGUCACUGAGCAGUUGGCAUCACUUGUUAGGGCACUCUGGACUCUGGAAUACAUCCCGCAACUGUCCGUGGAAUUCAAGAGUAUAGUAUCCAAGUAUGGAUCCCAAUUCCGAGGAAACUCCCAACAUGACGCCCUGGAGUUCCUGCUUUGGCUUCUGGACCGAGUUCACGAGGAUGUCAACUUGUYCUCCUGCAGCAACAACAAUAACAAGACCAAAGCCCCAGGGAAGGGCCCUGAUAUAUCAGAGGAGGCGAUGGUCACUGAGCCUCCCCACUCGCAGCAGCCUGGGGCACGCCACAGCUUUGUACAGGAACACUUCCAGGCACAAUACAAGUCAUCGCUGACCUGCCCUCAUUGUCAUAAACAGAGCAACACCUUUGACCCUUUCCUCUGCAUUUCACUUCCCAUCCCUCUGCGCCACACCAGGGUACCACCACAGCCUGCCGUCCUCGCCRUACUCCUCCGGGCCCGAAGGUCAAAGGUUACCUCCAUCCGGAACUUUGUCAUCWGAGUUCCUGAACCAUGGUGUGCCGGUGAAGAUCCUGUUGCUGGUGUGCAACGCCGCCUGGAAUGCCCAGCAGGCURUCAGGUUUGGACCUCCGUUCCUGAUGAGGGAGGACCGCUCCAUCUCCUGGGACCAGCUGCAGCAGAGCAUCCUCAGCAAGCUCUACUACCUGAUGAUCAACGGAGCACAGGCCCAGAAUGCCAGAGUGCUGUUUAAGAUCCGUGUGGUGGGAGGAUCAGCGUCCUACAGCUACCUCUCCCCCCAGGAUGGACGGCCGCUCUACCACCCAGCAGUGAACAGAGCUCUUAAUCUCUGUGGCUCAGGAGGACCGCCCCAUGUGAAGCUCAUCAUCGAGUGGGAACACAGAAUCAAAGACUGCCUGUUUGGGAACAUCCAGGAGGAGGUGGUGAAGGAUGCUGAGAGUGUGAGAGGCCAGCAUCAGCAGCACGUCCAGCAGCACAGUUGUACCCUGGACGAGUGCUUUCAGCUCUACACUAAAGAGGAACAGCUGGCUCCAGACGAUGCAUGGAAAUGUCCCCACUGUAAGCAGCUGCAGCAGGGCAUGGUGAAGAUGAGCCUGUGGACGCUGCCUGACAUCCUCAUCCUCCACCUCAAGCGCUUCCGGCAGGUGGGCGAGCGCCGCAACAAGCUGGCCACGCUGGUGCGCUUCCCCCUGGACGGCCUAGACAUGGCGCCCCAUGUGGUGAAGAGGAGUCAGAGCACCCGGCUGCCCCCCCACGGUCCUCUGCUCCCCCACGGUCCUCUGCUCCCCGGCCCCCUGCACCCGGCCUGGAAACAGCCCUGCCCACCCAACGUGGCCCCUCCAGACUUCCUAUAUGACCUCUAUGCCGUGUGUAACCACCACGGAGGCAUGCAUGGUGGACAUUACACAGCGUUCUGCAGGAACUCAUUGGACGCCCAGUGGUAUGGGUAUGAUGACAGCAGUGCAGAGCCAGUCACAGAGGGGGAGGUGUGCACACGGGGAGCCUACAUCCUCUUCUACCAGAGACGCAACACCAUCCCUCCAUGGUCAGCCAGCUCCUCUCUCAGAGGCUCCACCAGCUCCUCCACGUCAGACCACUGGCUGAUCCGUCUGACGCGGGACAGCCUGUUCUCUGGGGGGUCCACCUCUGGCCCUCCUGGCCCCACACCAACCCCCGAAUCCCCAGAGCUCUCUGUGUUCGAGGACGAGCCUCUCAAAACAGAGACAGAUAGGUUUGAGAAUAAGCCAUUUGUCCGAGGCAUUCAGGGCAGGAGCGUGAGCAUGAGGUCACCCACUAAGACCAAGGACACCCUGAGCAAAGUGCUGCCCCUUCGCUGGUCCUUUGGUUCCAAGGACCGCCCCAAACCCUCCGCCCCCAGGCGAGGGGAGCUGGUGGAGUACCUGGAGUCAGGGCGCAGGCCGCGGUGCACCAAGGACCCCAUCAUCACCCUAAUGGCCACCCCGCCCCAGGGCGGGCACAGGGACCUGGGCAGCUCCCCCAGUGGGAGCAGCCUGAGUUGCAUGGACAGGUCCAACUCUGAGGCCUGCGACUCCCCAAGAGUACCAGAGGGCCAGAGCAGGCCUCCCGUAGAGGGGAACUCCAGCCUGGGGCUCAAUAUUAUCACUAAAGCCAGGGAUGACAGCUCACUGGGCCGGAGGUCCUCCAAGAGGUUCAGGCAGGACCAGGGCAGAACCCUGGACCCUCACCCCCAUAGAGGCUCCACUGAGGGGGUCCACAUCAGUCACAGUGCCCCCCCAAGUAGGGACUCCACACUGAAGAGGCCCAAGGCCCAAGCAGGGCUGACCUCCAGGGUAGGGGUGCUGCAGGCUGGUCUACACCCUGAGGAGAGGAAGGGGAUGAGGGGUCAGGAGGUAAGGAGCCACGACAGCCUCUUGUCCUUUUUCAAAUCUGGCUUCCUGAAAAAAGACGCUCAGAGUACACCUAGCAAGGGGGAGGAAGUCCGGGCCAAUGGCCACGGACGAGCCAGCAAGGUGGCAAACGGUAGUUCGUCUAAACUCUCCCUCUCCAAUGGGACCCUGAAUGGCGCAGCGCUGGAGGAAAAGAGGGCCAACGGCGCCCCUAGAAGUGACUUCCGUCACAGCAAAGGGCAGCUUGUCAAUGGGAGGGCAGGGAGUCACAGCUCUGCUGCUGACAUCAAGCGUGCCCACAGCUCCAGUAACAUCCAGACCAAACUGGACUUGACCCURCGCAGGUGUGCCUCUCUGCAGAGGAACGGKCAGGUAGCUCCCCCGGCCCCCCGCAGCAGCCUGGCCACAGACAAGCCCAGCUAUGCCACCCUGCAGCGGGCACGCUACAGCACCACCUCUCUGGGCAGGCAGCAGAGACCCGUCCCCGAGUCCUGCUUCUGACUCCCUCCGCACCGCUAAGCUAACUGGCUGCUGCCACAGCAGUAGAGUUAUCUGGAGUGUGUGUCUCUUUAUUUAGAGUUUGUGCCAAUGCUACUGCCAGGGUUAGCAUGUUAGUGUGAGCUGAGCAGUCUGGCCACCACUGCUAGAGCAGAGGAAUAGUCACUGUGUUACUAUAAGACAGGUUCUUAGGGGAGGCUUUGCCAACAGCUGAAAUCAGUAAUGCAGUGCGUAACAGUUAACUSUCUGUCAUAGUCUUCUGUUAAUGUAAGUGCCUCUGUGACAGCUCAGAAUGAUUGUUUGUUGAACACUGGAACCACGCUAUUGAUUGACACACAUCACAUCCAGACGGUCACCAGGUCUCUGUAGUAUAGCCAGCAGAGCUGUUGUUUCUGAAGGGCRUCAUGUACCCUCYGUUAACACUGAUGUUUAUUGACGUAUUGUCUUUGUGUGUAAAUKAAUCUAUGCAGACUGUGUACAAUGGAGAGGUACAACUGCUGUAUUGUGAUCAUAUUUAUUCCAYAGACAUGUCAAGCAUCUUUCUUGGUUGUAUGCUGUCCUUGAUUUUCUAUUGAUGUAGCCGUGGAGGAAUAUCCUGCACGAAAGGAUUCAAUUAAAUGAUUGUYUGUCUGUGCUUCCACUGCAAACUGUUUGCUGGGACCUCACACACUUAUGUUAUUGCUAAUAUUCAUCAUGUAUCAUCCACUGUCAGUAGCAACUGAACGAAACAAGUACUGUAAUAACCUGGUUGUUACACACCUGUUACUGACUACCGUACUGUAACGACGGUGUGUGAUUGGAGGAGAAGUAAGGGUAGAGGAAUGAAAUGGCGAUUUAUGUUCGUAACUAACAUGAUUGAAAUACUGGGUUGAAAAGAGGGUAGUUGGCACACCAUGUACUCCAGCACAGUGAUGGUCUUGUAUACUCCACAAUAGAUUUAAUGGAUCUUGAACCAAAGUUUGUGUCAAUCAGAACAUUCAUCAGGACCCUGAUAAAGGUCUAGAUAAUCUGGUAAAUAAUCUCGUAAAAUAAUCAGAAAGAGUCACUUGAGAGUUUUGUACAUUGACUUGUGUGAACUUAGAUGGGUGCUAUUAUGUGAUGGUGAACUGUUGUGGAACCUCCUCACACCGGUGGUUUAGGUAAGCCCCUUAUAGAGCAGCAGGGACAGACUGACAGCCCAUUUCAAGGCUUUUAAUGUCACUCCCUGUAUCUCCCCACUGCUGAGCUACAGAGAAAGUUACUGCCUGUGUUUCACAAUAACUCACCAGGGGGCAUUAAACCUGCUCCCCUGUUGCCAUGGCAAACUCCCUUCAAGAUAACAACUGUGAAGGUGCUGCUGUCUGGUGUACUCUGCAGAGGGGCAGGGAUGUCUUGAUUUUCAUUCAUUUUCAACCCAAAACAUCUCUUGCCUGAGGUUCCAAUAUACAUGACGAUCUAUUACAUGAAAUUAAGAUAAUUUAGUAAUUUUUCCUAUAGAGUGCUGUAAUGCAUUUUAAUUGUCAGCCAGAGGGUACAUGCCAAUUCAGAUAUAUGCACAUUCUGUGUAUGUUCUAGUCAGUGCAGAUUUCCCAGCAACAAUGGAUGGAGCACAUGUGUUUGAGCUUUCAUCAACUGUAUAUAGACAUAUGUAGUAGUAAUACACAUAAUACCAACACAAUGGCAUACAGUGCUUCUGUAAAGGGAAAAACACUAUUAGAGUAAAUGUAUUUAUCUAUUAGAUUUCUGAGUUACUUAAUUACUUAGGCCCAUCGCCCAAUGAGAAGCAUAGGCCAUCAACUGGCCAUCAACUGAGUUGACUUCAUGUAUCUGAAAUGAUGUAGAAUUUAAACCCAAUGAAAUUAUACAAUCAUUUACUAUUCUCCUAAACUAUAAUGUUAAUGUUUAGGACAUAUACUGUAUGAUUGUGUUAGCAGACAUACAGUAGUAGCUAUGCAAUAUACUGGACCAUAUGGGAUGCCCCACAUCAUCAUAACUUCUGCUAAUGGGGAUUGGUUGAUGACACUACACCAUCAACCAUCAUGACAAAUUGGUUGAUGACACUACACCAUCAACCAUCAUGACAAAUUGGU